AUAUUUUAGCUUCUCCUUAUAAAACCCUAGCAUCUUCCUAGUCGUCCUCCUCCGCGCCUCAAGUUUCCCUCAAGGCCAAAGCGUAGGGUUUUUCCUUUGAGCGCAGCAGAGCAAUAUCUGCCUAGAUUGAUCUUUCAAUAUGUUCUCUUCAAGAAAGAAAAUCCACAAAGACAAGGAUGUUGAGCCCACUGAAUUUGAGGAUACAGUUGCACAGUACCUAUUUGAUUUGGAAAACACCAAUCAGGAGCUGAAAAGUGACUUGAAAGAUCUCUACAUAAAUUCAGCAGCUCAGAUGGACAUCUCUGGUAAUCGCAAGGCCGUGGUUAUCCAUGUGCCUUACAGAUUGCGGAAGGGAUUUCGCAAGAUUCAUCUUCGCCUUGUUAGGGAGCUGGAGAAAAAAUUCAGUGGCAAGGAUGUUGUUGUGAUUGCCACCCGUAGGAUAGUAAGACCACCAAAGAAAGGUUCUGCUGCUCAGCGACCCCGCUCCCGCACACUGACAUCUGUCCAUGAUGCCAUGCUAGAGGAUAUUGUGCAUCCUGCCGAGAUUGUUGGGAAACGCAUCAGAUACCGAAUUGAUGGUUCUAAAAUAAUUAAGAUUUUGUUGGACCCCAAGGAGAGGAACAACACCGAGUAUAAACUGGAGACAUUUUCUGGUGUUUACAAGAAGCUUACCGGGAAAGAUGUAGUAUUUGAAUAUCCAAUAGCUGAGGCAUGAGUGGGAUUUUGUUAUCUUUGGCUUUGAUGCUUUUGCCUGUUAUUUUAUUUUAGCCUUUUUACGAUUGAAUCACAUGAAAUUCUGUUUAAAAAUUAACAACUUGAGAUUUGGUUUGACGCCUUUUUGGGACUAAUGAGAUUGGUGGCGAAUUAUUAUUUUACUA